AUGGGGACCUGGAUUUUGUUUGCCUGCCUCUUGGGAGCAGCCUUUGCUAUGCCCCUACCACCUCAUCCUGGGCACCCUGGUUAUAUCAACUUCAGCUAUGAGGUGCUUACCCCCGUGAAGUGGUACCAGAACAUGAUAAGGCAUCCGUACCCUUCCUAUGGUUACGAACCCAUGGGUGGAUGGCUGCACCACCAAAUCAUUCCCGUGCUGUCCCAGCAGAAUCCCCCGAAUCACGCCCUGCAGCCUCAUCACCACAUCCCCAUGGUGCCAGCUCAGCAGCCCGUGGUCCCCCAGCAACCAGUGAUGCCAGUUCCUGGCCAACACUCCAUGACUCCAACCCAACACCACCAGCCAAACCUCCCUCUGCCUGCCCAGCAGCCCUUCCAGCCCCAGCCCGUCCAGCCCCAGCCUCACCAGCCCAUCCAGCCCCAGCCACCACAGCCACCUCUGCCUCCGAUGUUCCCCAUCCAGCCCCUGCCCCCCAUGCUUCCUGACCUGCCUCUGGAAGCUUGGCCAGCAACAGACAAGACCAAGCGGGAGGAAGUGCAAAAUCGAAACAGCUUGGAGAGUGACCAGGACCUUGAAGAAAAUUUGCAAGAGAAAGAGACAGCUGCACCAGGAUUAAAGGAGCUGGUGUCCAUCCAAUCAAAGAUAGCAGCCUCGAGGAGCGCAAAGGCAGGGGAGGAGCAAGCCAGGCUCUCAGAGAAGGAGCUGCCCCAGCGACGGUCGCGACAGGGCGCACACCAGAUGAACAGCAUGGAGAAAUGUUCAACAAAUGCAGAUUUUUCUCACUUUGUCUACGGUCAUUGUCUACAGUUACCAAACCAACCACAUUACUUCAAGUCAAUUUUGGCUUUGCUGGAUGUCAACCUUGUUAGCUAUAUUCGAGGUGUGGUUCGAAGAACAAAGCUUCUCAGAGACAGCUCUGUGGCCUGCUUCCUUGUGUUCGUUUGA